AUGUGGGCCUCAGUGUUCAUCCUGGUGUAUGCAUUUACAUUCCCACAUUACAAUGAUGCAGUGGCUGAACUAAGUGACUGCGCCGCCGUGGACCUCAUAUGCCAUGCCAACGCCAAGUGCGUCAAGACCCGCGACAACAACUUUGUCUGCAUGUGCAACACGGGCUACACCGGCGACGGCCUGCAGUGUGUGGACAUCGACGAGUGCGACACGCGCCUCCACAACUGCCAUGUCAAGGCCCUGUGCACCAACACCCUGGCCAGCUACACCUGCCUCUGCCUGCCAGGCUACUCGGGCGACGGCUUCACCUGCAGCGACAUCAACGAGUGCCAGGUGGACAAUGGGGGUUGCCACGCCAACGCCGCCUGCGUCAACACCGAUGGAGGUCGCAGGUGCACCUGCCGGGAGGGCUUCAAGGGCAACGGCUUCACCUGCCAGGACGAGGACGAGUGCCAGCAGAAGACCAUCUGCCACUGGAACGCCACCUGCACCAACAACCUCGGCUCCUACGUCUGCACCUGCAACAUGGGCUACAAGGGAAACGGCAACUACCUGUGCCUGGACGUGGACGAGUGUUCCGAGAUGCCGGGGGUCUGCUCGUCCUCCUUCGGCUACAAGGGCUGCCAGAACCUGCCCGGCACCUACCGCUGCACCUGCCAAGUGGGGUACCAGAGCAACGGCAAGACCUGCGCCGACAUCAACGAGUGCGAGCGCAACAUCUGCAGCUUGUACUCCAGCUGCGUCAACAACCCCGGCUCGUACCGCUGCACGUGCAACGACGGCUACAUGGGCAACGGCCUCACCUGCGUGGACAUCAACGAGUGCAACCAAGACAACUCGUGCGACGAGAACGCAGCCUGCAUCAACAUGCUGGGCAGCUACGAGUGCUCCUGCCUCACCGGUUUCCUCGGCGACGGCGUGAGAUGCGUGGACAUCGACGAGUGUCAGACGAGCGCCAACAUCUGCCCCAGCACCGCGGCGUGCGUCAACACGCCGGGCAGCUUCUACUGCGACUGCGGCCGCGGCUACACGUUCAACGGCACGCGGUGCGAGGACACGGACGAGUGCGCCACGGGCGAGUGCAGCGAGUUCGCCUCCUGCGACAACUUCCCCGGCUCCUUCAGCUGCAAGUGCCUGCUCGGCUACGAGGGGAACGGGAUCACGUGUCUGGACGUCGACGAGUGCUCCUUGAUACAGCAGUGCCACGCCAACGCCCGCUGCAUCAACCUGCCGGGGUCCUUCAACUGCAGCUGCCUGCUGGGCUACUCCGGAGACGGCGUGCAGCGGUGCUCGGACGUCGACGAGUGCCUGGUGGACAAUGGCGGCUGCGGGUACAAGGCCACCUGCGUCAACAACAGGGGCUCCUUCACCUGCGUGUGCCCGCCGGGCUUCGACCUGGUCAACCGCACCACCUGCCAGGACGUGGACGAGUGCCAAGUCCUCCCGGAGCCCUGCGGCGCUAACGAGCGGUGCCUGAACACCGAGGGAGACUACGAGUGCCCGUGCCAGGCCGGCUUCGCCCGCGGCGCUCAGGGCAUGGCGUGUUUGGACGUCGACGAAUGCCAGGCGGGCAACCCCUGCCACGUCCACGCCACCUGCAUGAACACGGUCGGCUCGGUGUCGUGCGUCUGCAAGAGGGGCUUCACGGGGAAUGGCACGCACUGCCAGGACGUGGACGAGUGCGAGUCGGAAGGCACCUGCGACGCCAAGGCUCUGUGCGAGAACUCAGAGGGCUCCUUCUCCUGCAGCUGUCUGGAGGGCUUCAUUGGCGACGGCUUCUCCUGCAACGACAUCGAUGAGUGCAUGCAAGUCAACAGCAGCUGCCCAUCCUUUGCGGUGUGCCUCAACUCCCCCGGAUCCUCCGUCUGCUCUUGCCUGAACGGCACGGUGGCCCGGGGUGGUGGCAACACCUGCGUGGAGCCAAGCACGGAGUGCAACCCACCCUGCCACCAGUACGGCCUCUGCCACCCCUCACCGCUGGGGUUCCAGUGCGUCUGCGACGUGGGGUUCGUGGGUGACGGUAGCAUCUGCUCCGACAUAGACGAGUGCCUGAGAGAUGACAUUUGCCCUCAGAAUGAAACCGAAUGCCUGAAUACGGCCGGCGGUUAUGAAUGCAUAUGCAGAACAGGCUUCUCACAAAAUGGAACAGAUUGCGUUGAUAUUGAUGAGUGUUCAUCCGGGACACAUCAGUGCAGCCCCUUUGCAGAGUGUGCCAACACCAUCGGGAGUCACUCCUGCUCCUGCCUCAAGGGCUUUGAGGGAGAUGGACACAAUUGCACAGACAUUGAUGAGUGCCCAAUUGAGAACGGAGGAUGCCACCUCGACGCCCGCUGCACAAACACCCCGGGAUCCUUCCGGUGCGCCUGCCCACUCGGCAUGAGCGGGGAUGGCUUUGACUGCCAAGACCUGGACGAAUGCUCCCUCAACGCCACCCUGCCACACAACUGCAGCCACCUGGCCCAGUGCAACAACACCUGGGGCUCCUACACCUGUCGGUGCCACGGCGGGUACGCGGGUGACGGGCGCACGUGUGAGGACGUGGACGAGUGUCGACAAGUGCCCUCUGCUUGUCCGGCCAACAUGACCUGCCUCAACAGACCCGGCGCGUACGACUGCUCGUGCCUGGUGGGCUUGGUCUACGAUGGCCUGGGCACCUGUGUGAGUGCGGAGGACUGCUUGAAUGCCAGUACGGUGUGCCACUCACAUGCCACGUGCACCAACACGUCCGUCUCCAGUUACUGCAGCUGUCUGGAGGGCUUCUACGGGGACGGCAUGAAUUGCUCGGAUGUGGACGAGUGCCAGUGGGCAAAUGGGAACGAUACUGACGAUGACCCUUGCCCCGAGUUUUCCUUUUGUUUCAACACACUCGGAUCGUUCCAUUGCAGUUGCUGGGAGGGCUACGACUUCAACGGAACCCACUGCCUGGACGUCGACGAAUGCGAGUCGGAGAACGUCACCUGCACCGCCAACAGCACCUGCUUGAACGUUGGAGGGGGCUACCUCUGCCCAUGCGACGACGGCUUCCGGGCCAAUGGCUCUCUUUGCGUCGACGUUGACGAGUGCUCGCCGUUGUCGUCAUCUGACGUUGGCCCGUGUCCAAACGUCUCAGAGUGCCGCAACGUGCCCGGGUCGUUUUUCUGCGACUGCUGGGAGGGCUACGUCACCGGUAACGGCACCACCACCACCACCUGCGAGGAUGUAGACGAGUGCCUCAUCAACACCACGUGCCAAGAGCACAGCACCUGCACCAACACGGUGGGCGGAUUCAACUGCACCUGCAACUCAGGCUUUGCCCUUACCGGCAACGGGACAGAGUGUGCGGACAUAAACGAGUGUGCCGCAGCUCUCCCUUCCGACCAGUUGUGUGCUAACGGCACCUGCAUCAACAGCCUCGGGUCCUUCUACUGUGUAUGUGACGAGGGGUUCUGGAGCAACGACACUGAGUGUCUGGAUGUUGACGAGUGCUCAGAGUCUCACGGGAAUGCCUCCUCCUCUGUCUGCCAGCCCUAUGCUACAUGCGUCAACUUCCCAGGCUCCUAUGAGUGCCCCUGCGAUACGGGCUUCCUCCUCAAUGGGACGCUUUGUGAGGAUGUGGAUGAGUGCACUGACAUGGAUACGUGGCCCUGUGUUGACAAUGCAGACUGCAUCAACACCGUUGGGUCAUUCCUCUGCCCCUGCAUGGCCGGAUAUGAGCUCAGUGGAUUGAAUUGCACGGAUAUUGACGAGUGCCUUGCGAACGACACAUGCCGCGCCGACCAGCUGUGCUUCAACCAGCCCGGAACGUUCCGCUGUACGUGCCCGACGGGGUUCCACGAGGAGGAUGGGGCUUGCAUGGACACCAACGAGUGCCAGGACAGUAGCGGUCCACCGUGCCACGUGUUGGCGCGCUGCUGGAACUUUCCGGGCUCUUUCUCCUGCCACUGCCCACCGGGUUACACAGGCAACGGCACCUGGUGUGGGGACCUGGACGAGUGUUCGACGUCUCGUGUCACCUCCCCCCCGUGCCACCGUCAAGCCAGCUGCCAGAACACGCCAGGCUCCUUUUAUUGCACAUGUCCACCGGGGUUCCUCUCGGCCGGGCCUGCGUGCGUCGACCUGGAUGAAUGCCAGCAGAACCGCGGAGGGUGCCACCCCGGAGCGAGUUGCCAUAACUCUGCAGGCGGCUUCCGCUGCGUGUGUGGCAGAGGCUGGGUCGCCACUGAGAGGCAGGGGCGUGGACCCAGGGGCUGUGCAGAUGUGGAUGAGUGCCACCUGAGUUCCACCACCUGCCCUGGGAAUACCACGUGCGCCAACUCCCCGGGGUCUUACAGCUGCAAGUGCAGCGCUAACGAUACUGUGUGUCAGUGGCGGGCACUGAAGGAGAGUAAUCUAUUCCCCUUUGGAGAAGAUGUGGGAGACACUAGUGUUGACAUCAAUGCAGCAGAUGGCACAUCUCCCUACAUCAGCCCACCCAUGGGUUUCCCUUUUAUGGGCAAGCUGUUUGACCGCCUCUAUUUCUCUGACAACGGCGUCAUCCAACUACAGUCGGUGCAGGAGAACGAGCAGUUUCUCUACCCCAACCCCUUCCCGGGUGGUUUCCGUGGGAAUGAGGGUGUGGCCAUGCUGGCAGUGUUCUGGGAUGAUGCUGACCUUAUUUUGGGACAGGGCAAGCUCCUGUAUCAGGAGUACAAGAUGAACCACUCGGAUGUCUACUCCCAGAUCGUCUUCAACCGCACAGCAGAGGUGGUGAGCAAGUUUGAGUCGCAGCAGGGGAAGCCUCCUUACACGCCCACCUGGAUCCUCAAGGUCACCUGGGACCACGUACUGCCCGUGUCCUACCAGAAGGUCAACCAUUCUCAGACCAACACAUUCCAGGGCAUCGUCACCACUGACGGCGAGCGCUCCUUUGGCCUGCUCCACUAUGGAGACAUGCAGUGGGGCCCUGGCCAGCGCCUCCACCACGACGCCCUGAUCGGCUACACCGACGGAGCCCAGCACUUCCACAACGAGUCCACCGACCCCCACGACAACCUGUUUGGACCCGGCGGCCGCUACCGACCCCAGGACGUGGUGGGCACCCUGGGACGCCCGGGUCAGCUGGUGUACGACCUGACCGGACCCACUCGAACCACCACAGGCACCCUUGCUGGAACCACCACGGAGGACCCGCGCAGGAAGUGCCAGCUGUGGGCGCUGAGCGAGCCCGAGCCGGCGGAGUGGGCGGUGGGCGUGCUGCCGUGCCCCUGCACCCGUGCCCAGGCUCUGGAGGACCUGGCCUUUGGGCCGGACAUCCUGCCCCCCAGACAGUGGGAGUUGGUCAGGGAGAUGAGAAGGGUGCGGUGGGGGGGAGCUGGGGGUCAGGUGUUCCAGUCGGUGCUGUCCAAUGAGCACGGCGCCGGGAAGCGGUGUAUGUAUGACCCGCAAGGCUUCCUGCUGGCUGGAUACAGUGAGCGGUACUUCACACAGCAAAAGACCCAGCAGCACAUAGAUGAGGACCUGCGGCCAUUCCAGUGGUGCUGUGUACGGUCGUCCCUGUGCCACCUCUACCUGAGCAAGCGCCCCCUAGACCGCUGCCAAGGUUACGGGUGGAAGGGCAUGGGCAAUGACAGCCAUGUUGACUUCAGCAACAGCAGCAUCAUAGCCAACAAGGCAAUGCCUGGCAUAGGCAUGGCCUAUGGUAGCCUCCACUUCAUCACCUUCGAUGGCUCUGAGUACACCUUCAAGGCCCUGGGGGUGUUUGUCAUCGUGCGGCUGUCCUCCAGCUCUGGCACCAACAUCUUCACGCUGCAGGGGGUGACGGACGUGCUCCACAACCAUGGCCAGACCAGACGCGUGCCAACACUGGCCCGACUGGCGGCCUUUCACCAGGGGAAGGGGAAGGUGGAAUGGAUGCGUGCCGAGACAGAAAGAGGACUUCAGGUUCUGGUGAAUGAUGUGGAGGUUCCUGUCUCUGUUGGUGUGGUGCACGUGGAGAAGGGCUUCGCCGUGCGCUGCACGUCGCUGAGCCGCUGCGUGGCGGUGUACGCCAACGGGCUGCACGUGGCGGUGUGGCGGGGGGACGCGGGUCGGCUGGCGGCCCUGGUGGAGGUGCCCCAGGCCUUCCUGAACCGCACCGUGGGCCUGCUGGGGCUCUGGAGCAACCAGCGCCGCGACGACUUCCUCAUGUCCAAUGGGGAGCUGGCCCUGCCCGCCUCGCCCAAUGCCAGCCUCCCAGAGCAGGACAAGCUGCAGGAGUUUGGCAUGUCCUGGGCUGCCCCGGCGCCCGAGAGCCUGUUCCCGUCCCUGUCUCCCCCUCCUCCGUUCGAGGCGGCCACCCAGGAGGAGCUGUUCUCGGUCAGCCCGGCCGUGCUGGAGGGCCUGGAGCAGGUGUGCCACGGCAGCCUGGAGUGCCUCCACGACAGCCUGGCCUCCGACAACAAGGGCCUGGGACAGGAGACGCUGGAGGCCAAGCAGAAAUACAGAAAUCUCUCUCUCACGCUUGCCAACAUGCCGCCCAUCGUGACAGGGCCCACCGUGAUUCGCUGUAAGAUCAACCGCUCUGUGCGUGUGCAGUUCAGGGCGGAGGACCCCAACCAGGACCCCUUCAGCUUCUCCCUGCUGCACCCCAGACCUCCACAGGCCACCAUUGGCAGCGGGGACGGCGUGUUGGUGUGGACUCCCCUGAGUGUCCAGCCGGUGCUGCUGUCGGUGUUUGUGAGUGAUGCCAAGUCCAGCUCUCUCCUGCUGCCCAUCCUGCAGGUGUGUGCCUGCCUCAACGGGGGCACCUGCCAGUACCACAGCGUCACGCAAAACCAUCUGCAGGGCAAGUUCCAGGUGGUGGGCUGCCUGUGUGCGCCGGGCUUCAGUGGGGCCCUGUGUGGGAACCGCACUGACGUGUGUAAGGGCAAGCCGUGCUUCAGCGGAGUGGCCUGCACCAGCCAGAGCCAGAGCCAGAGCCCGAGUCGCAACAGCUCCUUCACAUGCGCUGCCUGCCCCCGCCCCACCGUCAGCAGCGGCAAGCCUGGCUACAAGUGCUUCGAGAAUGAUUUCUGUCUGCCUCCGUUCCCCUUCCCCUGCCACCCACAUGCCGACUGCAUCAGCAUGGGUUAUAACUACACCUGCCUGUGUAAACCGGGCUUCACUGGCAACGGGAAGGACUGCACAGAUAUAGAUGAGUGUCUGGAUCCAUCCACGUGUCCUAAUGCCAAGUUUCAGUGCGUGAACACACUGGGUUCAGUACGCUGCAACUGCCGCUACGGGGAGGCUGGCCAGAGGGAUGGCUGUGGUGGUGGAAGCAGCCCAACAAGUUGGAAUGUGUUUAAUGUGUCCUUGAACUGGGGAGAGAAGCAGGCCACUGGAGCAGAGGAGCUGGAGUCAAUCCUCAAGAUGGGCUUCCAGAAUAAGUUCUACAAUGCCAGCAAGGCACGGCGACAGCCUCCCUCUGCCAACGGGCUAACGGAGUACCGCAUUAACAUGUCCAGCGACACCCCACACUGGUACGUCCUGGACUACCUGAACCGAGUCAGCCGCUACUAUGACAUCAAGGUGGCGGAUGUAGGAGAUUUGGACGAGUGCAAAGCCAGGGAGGCCAUGUGUGUGCCCCCAGCAGUCUGCUCCAAUACCUACGGAAACUACAGGUGUGUCUGCAAUGGCACACAUAUGGAGUCCUGUGUGCUGGAGCGGGACAGUGUGAACCGGACGGGCACGGGCGAGGUGGGCAAGGAGGUGGAGAAGGAGGAGCAGGUGGCGGGGGUGGCGGAGGAGCACAAGCCCCUGAUCCUGGGCCUGGUGCUGGGUAUCGGCCUGCCCCUGCUGCUGCUGCUGCUGCUGGCCAUCCUCGCAUGCUUCUGCUGCAAGCGCAACCGCAGCGCCCACGGAGACAUUCCCCGCCUGUUUCCCGAGUAUGACCAGUUCGGGGUGGCUCCGUUUGACCACUCCAACCCCACCAUGCAGUACAAUCGCCACUGCAGCCCACGAAUACUGGACGGAAUCCACGUCCGCAGAGGACGACGAUAACACACACACA